AAGAAGCAAAAGGCACCCAGGAUAAGGCAGGUAGGUAGAAUAGGUACACUUAUUGCGGUACAGUACCUUGCGGCAUUUCGUGCUUGAUUUAAUACUAGGCGACAAAUCUCCAAUUUUCAGUCACAACAACAAACAACCGGAACCAAAACAAAACCCCGUCAGAGAAUCUACUUACCUUCUCACUAAGCUGUCGUAACGCCUUGGGGAGCUUUUUUGGUGAUCAGUACUCCAAAGACAUGCCUCCAGGUCGAGGGCCAACUGGAGCAUGGGGUCGAUUAAAGCCUGUGGAAUUGGAUGCCUUGGAGGCCAUGGGACUCCCAUCCAAGGGAGAGACUAGGCUGCUCGAUCACAGAACCCAGAAUCAGUACUACACAGAGAUAGUGAAGCGCUACCUCACAUUCUGCUCCGAUGCUGGCGACAGGGACUCGCUGCUCGCCCAGUUCGCCUCGAUGAGCAUCGGCACCGGAAAGAAGCCAGCACCAUCGCAGCAGUCAGAUGCUGCCGCCGCACCCACCUCGGCCACAAAACAAGUUGGUCCCAGGCUUCCCCCACCCGACGGUGCCGCCGUGGCAGCAGGCGGGCCCAAGUCCAAGGAUCUCGUCGUGGUCAUGAUGGCGCUCCGGAAGCUCCGAGAAGCCAUCGUGGCGACCAAGCGCGCCGACGACUUUGCCGUGCAGGUUUACCUCUUCAACAUUAGGCUUGCCAUCCUCGUCAAGACUCCCGAGUCCUACCACCCGGCCAUCCAGCACCUCCUCCGCCGGAUCCACCCGGUGGCGCAGCCGCUCACCAGCGUCGAGCUGCAAGAGGUCGUCGGCUACCUGGUUCUCGACGCCGCCUGCCGCCGUGGCGACCUGUCCGAGGCGCACGUGGCCCGCCUGCAGUACGGCCUGCGCGACCCAAAGGUAGACGCCGUGCUGGACGCCCUGGCCCACGACAACUAUGCUUCCUUUGCGCGUCUGAGGGGUCAGGUCGAUGGCCACAAGGCGAAGCUGAUGGAGUUUGCCGCACCCACCAUGAGGAGGCAUGCGCUGUCGUGUGUGGGCCGCUCCUACCUCUCCGUCGAUGUUGGAUUCUUGGAAAAAUCGGCGGGCAGAACGUGGUCCGAGUUGCAGAGUGAAGACGGCGUCGGCUGGGAGAGGGACGGUCAGAGGGUUGUCAUACGGAAGAUGAAGGCAAAGACUUGAACCAUCAAUCCAAAAUCCCUACUUAUUUUCCGUCAGGCGCCGCUCUUGGGUCCAUUGGCACAAACAGUUAUACGAUACCCAUCCCAAUUUCAAUUCUCCCUUGUCCCAACCUGAUUUGUAUAAAUUAUUAGCUUAAUGCUCACGGAGAUGGAGUUAUCAAACUAGAAG